AACUGCGCAUCUCCGGGAAUGCAGCUGCUGGAAGAUAAAGGAAUAUUGCACGUUGCGCUUGAAGUAUUUUUAGUAUGAGCUUAAGGGUAGCGAGGGAUUGUUUUGGAAGAAGAAAGCGAAGCAUUCGAUAUAAAACUUGCGUGUCGGUCUGCACCAAGAGUGCAUUUUCUGACACAAAAAAAGGAGAACGCAGCCCGCACGGAGCGGAGCUGGCUGAGCCUCUGUUCUUGCUAAAUUAAGAGCAGAGACACCCACCAGCCAUUUGUCUGUGAUACUUGGCUCUGGUCAAUGCAGGCACCAUAGUGCAAGGAAAGAAGGGACGUGGUGAUGUUUGCGUUUGAUAUGCUGUGUCUCGUGAAUGCAAAACACUGGAGUCCUUUGAAGAUUAUGUAAAAAUAAAGGUGCAAGGUACUCUUCAAAGAGAGUAAUAAUGGGACCAGGCAUUCAAGAAUAUCCUUUAUUACUGCCCAGAGAGACACAGCAAAAGGAAAGCCAAAUCAAUGAAAACCACAAAGGAAUGGUAAAUUACAGCGGUGGGAAAAGCCAUCUGAGUACCAAAGGACUAAAGAAUCAAAUAUCUUAUCUGAAAUCUUCUGGAAGAUUAGGCAAAAAUAUAGCAAAUACGAUUGAAAAGACUUCCCAUGACACUCAAGAUGAUAAACAACCAAGUAUUUUUUACAAGGAAAGAAACCAUCUGGAUGACAAUAUUCAGCCAAGCAGAAUGAUGAGUGCUUGCACAUCGUUGCACAGAGUACAAGGAUCAAAGGGGAGUAUCCCAGAAAGAAAGCAAAGUGGAUCUGUACUACACAGGAUCCCUCCUAGCAUUAAGGGCAGCUCACAAGGUAGCUUCAAUAGGGUAAAAGAUGUCCCAAUGCAACAUUUUUAUUGCAGUGAAAAAGAACAGUUGGAAAACACUCAUAAAGAACAUAAUGCUGAAGCUAGUCCAUGUUCUUCUAAAUGGCAAGAAGCAUCUGUAGGUGAGAUGCUUCUCAAUUUUGAAUCAGUACGAAUUAUUAAAGAAGAUGCUGAAGACGAUAGUGCCAGUGACCUUUCCGAUUCAGAAAGGAUUCCCAUUCCCCCGUCUCCCUGCACACCACCAGAACUCAUUCUCAGAGCCGAAGAAAUUGAUCCGGUUUGUCUGGAACAUGUCCUAGAUACAGGGUUCAAAAAAUCAGAGUAUUAUUACCCCGACUUCCUCCCACCCCCUUUCAACUCUUGGGAUUUGAAGCAGCUGUCUAUUUUUGUUAAUGUAGAGGGUAAAUCUGAAUUUCAACCAAAGCCAGCAGGAUUUCUUGAGAAAUACAUUGAUCGUCUUUUGCAGCUAGAAUGGCUGCAAAUGCAGACUGUACAGAAUGAGAAAGGAAAGGCAGCAAAAGCCAGACCUCAGACUGCUCCCAGCUCCAUCCGUCCCCUAAAAAGCCCUGGCAAAGGUAAAGCAUUGCACAGCUCUUUGCCUAACAAGCAAGGAAUUCCCCAAGAAAGCAUUACAAAGCAACCCACAAGCUAUUCAUGUCACAGGAGAGACUCAUACUGUGAAGAAAACCGCCAAUUACAUGCACAUCCAGGUCACUUUAAAGUUUCUGAGCGAAUGGGAUGUGCACUGUCAUCUGAGAGACAAUCUGGUGAACUAAGGAGUGAGUUGAGAAAGAGACCAACUGCAAAGCAGCAGCUUUUCAAUAUGCAGCCCUCUGAGAACAGUUCUAAAAUACAAGGCAUUAGUAACAUCAGAUCCCCUAAGCAGACCCCUCAAUACCAUAGUUCAGCUGCUUCCGUUAAAAGCUUAAAAACAUAUACAUGUACAAAUCCGAAGAAAAAUGGCAAUGCUAGUAAUUAUGUUCCUUCCAAAAAAGCAACAGGAGACAGGAAAAUGAAAACAAAUGGCACGAUGCAAACAUCACGUAAAUUUAAAUGAAAAAAUCAGUAAAUGUUGAUGCUUCUUGACUGCUAGAAAGCAUUUGGCCAUGUAGAAGGAUCAUGUUUUCCUUGUAGGAAAACCUUGAGGAAAAUAUGUUCUUGAUGCAUUGUUCUAAAUCACCACUGUUCAAUCCAAUAUAUUUGAUCAUAAACCAGCAAGGCCAUCAGGAAUCUUUUCCUUUAAGGCAAAUGUCUUCCACAGGUCUUUCCUCAAAAAUAUUUACAAUUGCUAAAUGAAGAUAAGAUUAGCUAAAUAAGCAAGUUUAGAGAAAUAUUUAAUUAAAAAUUUUCUUAUUAGCACCACUCUAACUCCAUUGAAGUUUGUGAUGUUUCUUCUGGUUACUUUGGUGUAUUUCAGAGACGAACAAGAUCUAUGCUCUUUUUCUUGAGCACAUUUGCUAUUUUGUGAGAUGGGUAUGAUGGUGGGGUUGGUAUUUUUUUGAUGGAAAAGGGCUGAAUUGUUUUUAUAAAAUAAUGAAACAGGCCAGGCUUAUCUAUGCAAAGUUAAUCUCUCUAAUUCUUGAUAGAAGAUAAUAAAUUGGAUUUUUUUUAGAUAGGAAGAAGAAUGGAGAGAAUGUUUUGAAAUGUUUUAAUGCACAAAGGUUUCUAUUAAAGAAAAUUAUGAGGGAAUAGAUAGCUUCAGUAGUGAAAGAUGAAGAACAUGGAAUCCAUUUUUUUUUAUCCAGAAACCUUCACUGUGUUUAUAAACUGCUUUCCUUCAAGUUCAUUUUUUAAGUCUUGAUGCUUAUUGUCAUUUAGAACAAAUAAUCAGAUUCCUGGUUGUUGUGACAAAGGUCCCAAUCUUGAAAGAUUUUUUAUAC